GCAGGCAACCGGCAGCCCGGGGCAUCAAAGCUUGGGGAGGGCCCCAUUUCUCCCUUCGAUUCCCCCUUUCCCCCUUCCCCCCCUGCCUUUUUGCUUUUCGCUUGGGUUUUGGCGUGGGGUUUUUUUUGCAAGCGGGGGAGGGAGGAGAGCGCGGCCACGUUACACUCUCCCUUCCUGCAAAUCCUCGCUUGCACCGCAAACGAUCUGCCUUCCCCAUUGCAUCCAAGGGAGAUAGCAACAGCAACAUCAUCACGGCAAGCCGGAUGGGAGAGCAGAGAGGAGCCUGCUGCUGAGGGAGAAAGGCACACACGCACCCACCAGCUUGAUGUUGCCGAAGCGGCAGGAACCGCACGAAAAAUAAGCCAUGCUGCCCCGUGUGUCUGGCGCAUUGUGCUCCAUCCGAGCCUUUUAGGAGGAAGAAGAGAAUUAUCUGCUCCCGUUUCUUUUUUCAUUCCUACCAGUGAGAGUGCGACAGACUUGCUAUGGUUGAAUGUCAAUGCCUGUGAGAGAGAACAACAGUGAGACGAGGAGGACAGAAGGGGAGGAAAAUGAAGGUGGGGACGGUGGCGGAGAGAAAGAAGGAACCUAGUCCAAUGCAUCAAAAGGAGGUCCCUGCAAUUGCUGAUAGAGCCCUGGCCGCCUCGCCAUCCACAAUGGUCUGUACAAGCUGCCAAUGCGUUUGAUGACGUUCCUGUUUUGUGAAAGGAGGAAAGGAAACGUGACCAUGUAAGAUCCACGUUUCCCCGGUCAAUUACACGAGAAGAAUAGAUCCUAUUUCGAUGGGGUUUUUUUGGUCCAGGAUGGUAACUGCUUAGGGAAUAACACAGCCGCCUUCCCUCACCGAUUUCGCUUUGAUGAUUUUUUUUGGUGUGGUCCAGACAGCUGUUGGAAUAGAGAAGGACUUUUAAUAUUUACAGUGAAAUCUUUAAAAGGCAACGGGAAAAUCUGAAGCCACCUGGGAGUACAGCGCUGGAAACAGGGUGUUUUCCCACAAACAAUGUGAAGGUCUUUUUUUGGUUUUGUUUUUUUUUUUUUUUUUUUUUUUUUUUUUUGUCAAAGAGGCAAUUUUGGUAAUGACAAACGCUACAAAUUUUGCAUUUUGAUAACCAGACCGGCUGCUAUUUUGUCUGGGUGCACACCGAGUCUCGUGUGAUCGGGUUUUAUUUUUUAAUUGAAACAAAAAAAAUUAAAAAUCGACGAAAAAGGAAAAUUACUUGAGAUGCCAAAUACUGUCGAGAGAACCAUAUUCUCCUUCCUCCCCACACCCACCGGAGACGCGGACCCUUCUUUUUUACAGGCUUAGGAGUUGGGAGAGCCGACCAGGGCUUUCAGCCGAGCCCGACGCCCGCGCCCCCGGACCCGCGGGCGUGGGAAAUUGAUUUCCUCCUCCCGCUGAUUUCUAAAGCAACUCGUGGAGGGGGGUUACGAGCCCCCCAGGAGCGCAGAGGCGGGGGCUUUGGGGGGUUUAGGUUUCGGGUUUGGAUUCUUUCCAGUUGUCAUCCUCGCCGGAUUCCAGCGGGCUGUCGGGGAUUUCAGCCCCUCGCUCCCCGGCUUUGCUUUUGUCUUUUCCUCGCCAGCCAGCGCAGCAACCCCCACCUCCCCCGCCGCCAGGCACUGAGGCGGCAGCGGAGCCCCCCGGCCGCCGGCCGCCCGGCUCCUGCCCUUUUCUUUCCGGCCCGUCCCCGCCUGCCAAGGAAAGGCACAUGUUAAUACCACCCGGCGCGGGCAUUUUCUGCUACUGCUGCUGCGGGCUCCUCCGUCCAAGACAGAUGUUGCGAAACCAAGGCCUCCUCAAGUGCCGCUGCCGCAUGCUCUUCAAUGACCUGAAGGUCUUCCUGCUGCGGAGACCCCCCGCCCCGCCGCCGCCCUCCCCGCCGCCGCCGCUCCCCAUGCCCGGUGGAGCUGAGGCGGCGGCGGGCGGCCAGGGGGGGCCCGCACCGCCUGGGGGGCGCGGGCCCGGCUGGCGGGCGGCGGCGGGCGGCGGCGGAGCGGGCAGCCCGGGCGCCGAGGAGUGGGGCAGCCCUGCUGGGGAGCCGCCCGCCUCCCUGCCCAGCAGCACCUCCUCGGAUGACUUCGGCAAGAACAAGGCUGAGGACCGCUAUUCGCUGGGCAGCAGCGUCGACAGCGGCAUCCGCACCCCGCUCUGCAGGAUCUGCUUCCAGGGGCCCGAGCAGGGGGAGUUGCUGAGCCCGUGCCGAUGCGAUGGGUCGGUGAAGUGCACACACCAGCCAUGUCUGAUCAAAUGGAUUAGCGAGAGAGGCUGCUGGAGCUGUGAGCUGUGUUACUACAAGUACCACGUCAUUGCCAUAAGCACAAAGAACCCUCUGCAGGUAAAGUGGCAGGCCAUCUCUCUGACAGUCAUUGAGAAGGUUCAGAUAGCAGCAGCAAUCCUGGGUUCCCUCUUCCUCAUCGCCAGUAUCUCGUGGCUCAUCUGGUCGACCUUCAGUCCUUCAGCCAAAUGGCAGCGCCAGGACCUGCUCUUCCAGAUCUGCUAUGGAAUGUAUGGCUUCAUGGACAUAGUCUGUAUAGGUCUAAUAAUACAUGAAGGGCCUUCGGUUUACCGGAUUUUUAAACGGUGGCAGGCAGUCAAUCAGCAGUGGAAAGUGCUGAACUAUGACAAAACAAAGGACAUGGAGGAACAAAAAACAGGGACCAGGACAAAUCAGCGCCCAUCCUCCCAAACCACACAUUCAUCCUCCACUGGUGGUACAGCCACUAACUCCGCUCCAGCCGACAGCGGAGCACGGGCUGCUGGCCAUGCCGCAGGCACCCUCUCUGACCACCACUGUGCUUAUACCAUCCUGCAUAUACUCAGCCACCUGAGGCCUCACGAACAGAGGAGUCAGUCUAGUAGUAACAGAGAGCUCGUCAUGAGGGUCACCACGGUCUGAGCCGAGGAAUUCAGGAGGCCUUAACACAAAGAAGAGGAGACAAAGAACUCAUAAAGCAGAGGAGCAUGGUGUGCCUUUUUCUUUCUCUUUCCUUUUCAUUUUUUCAUUGUUUUUCCCCCUCCUCUCCUUUUCCUUUUCGGUAACUGCACAAGAUAUAAGAGGCGGCACCUGGCCAGCUGAGGAGAAAAGCAGGUGGAGGGAGAGCUGCACACUCAUGCUAAAGAGGUUAAUGUUUUCCAGCCAGUUUAAAAAAAAAGGAGAAAAAGGAAAAAAAAAAAGAAGAAAAAUUAUAAAAAACCAACAACACAAAUCACAAAACUACCAACAAAACAAGUGCAAUACAGACUACAAACUGAGUAGGCAGAGCUCUGGGGAAGCAGAGGAACAGAGGGUUUAGCACGGCUUACAAAUCCGGUUACCUGGAACAGGUAGCGCUCUGUACACACCCCUGUACACACACGCACACAAACACACGCGCAGUGUGAGAUGUAUGAAAGCAAGGAAUGGAAUGAAGUUCUGGGGGUAUUUUGUUUUCCAGACUGUGGUUAACCAGGGCUAGGAGUUGUUUGGUUUCACGAGUCACUCUGCAGCCUUGUUCCAUUUACUGUAGGCCACCUGAAGUGAAAUGGCUGAGGCUCUUUCAGUACCGGUUUACAGAAAGAGAGAUGGAUUCAUCCCACUAAGGAAAGCUAACAAAAUCCAGGCAUACCCAGAUGGCACCAGAAAUCCUGGGCUGUUUCAUGACGUUCUCGACGAGGGGUUUGUGAGGGUGGAACUGGGUGGGGGGAGGGUGCUCCAUGACCUUUGUUUGACGUAUAGGCAGUUUUGGCAAACUUUGUACAAGUGCCCCGCAGGUAUUUGAAGCACAAGUAUUGGUGUGGUUUGUACCUUCAUGACUCCAAACCCAGAUCUCACCACUCACACACACCGUUUUCCAUGCAGACAUUCCAGGUGAAUUUCGCUCCAUUUAACUCUCAUCACAAGGAGCUGACCCAUAGUGGUGGGUUUCCGCUGCCUUGAUGAUUCAGGCACUCAUGCACUGGGAGGUGUACGUCCUUUAUUUUUCAGUGUCUGUAUCCCUGCUGCUCAAUUCACAACAGUCUCUCUCAGUCGGUAGGCUGAGCCUUUCACAUCCAGUCUGUUAGUUUAUUACAGAGACUAUUCCAUUCAAUCAUUCAAGAGGGAGUUAGUCUGAAGAGGGAGCACAGUUGCUGACCGAAUAUGUGACACUUGUAAUAAGCCUCCUUCUCUGGGAUACAUCCUCGAAGGUACCGGUUGCUCUUCAGGAACAUUAUUCUCUUUCAGUGCACAAUGGCUGAAUCAUUUGUGGAUAUUAAAGGGACACUGUCAAGUACUUUUUAAAUAGUUUUUAGGGUUUGGGCUUUUUUUACUCUCCAUUGUUUGUAAUAUUCUCUUACAAGCUUGAAAAUAAAAUUUCUUUCCCUACCAAUUUUGUCCUUUUCCAUUUGGGCACCUAUCGUUCUCUCCACUUACCCCAAUCUUUUCACUGUCCUCUCCUCAUCCUUCUGCUCCCCAUCUUUCUUCAGUGACAGGAGGAAAUCCAUGUUACUGAUUUCCUGCUAACUACCCUAUGGAGGGUAGUCCCAGCUCUGCAGGGUUGAGCUAUUUUGCCAGUACAACUGCAUCAAGGAAGGGUUAAGAGCAGGAAUCCUAAAAAUAUGGGGAUUAGCUAACUGAGGAGGAACUGCUCAGAAAUCCCAAACCAGUGAGCCUGUAAGUGAUCAAGGCUGAACCCCAUUCCCCACCAAAAUUAAGAUAAGGACUUCAGCCAAACUGCAUCCAUCUAGGAGCAGUGCUGAGCAACAGUGCACAGUGGCUGUGUCCAGCUGCCCUCCAUCCUCCUACCAGCACUUUUUGCAGCUUCUGCUGGAGACAUGGCAAAGAGCUCCCUUGGCAGCUAGGUUAUCACAGGUCAGGUGUUUCUGGACAGGAGAAGGUGUGAAACUUCAGCCCCUGGGUUUGAACACACCAGCUAUUCUGCAGUGUUGGAGACAGAGGCUAGCAUCUUAAGACAGGUUGUAUUUUCCACCUCAAUUACUUGACAGUGUCCCUUUGAAUAUCAGAAUGCAACAGAACAGGUAAUUCUCUGGCAGAGAACAAGAGAGGUGAAAUACCAGCCAAAAAAGCUGAUGUGAAACAGCAUGGUGUGUCUGAGGCCACUGUACCUUUGUCUGACCAGUCUUACUUACCAAAGAGUGCUUUUGGCAGAAGGGAGAGAAGGGAUAUUGGUGGGUGGGGGGAGAGGGAUGUGGCAAUUCUGGUCAUCUCUAAAAGCAGCUGCCCCAGCAUGAAGGUGUUGCAAUGAAUGGUCUUGGAAGAGCUGCUUCUGAUCCACAGUAGGAAGCAGCCAGGCCAAAACAAACAAAUACAGGAGCCUCUCAGCCCCAUGCCUGUCCUAGAAGCAGUCCUCAUUCCAAGAGAUGAGGAAGUGUGGUGGUUUGGGGAGGGAGAAAGCAUACACAGAUGAAGGGACCGCUGUCAGACAUGGUGUUGUUUCCCUCUCUGCCCUCUGCUUAUUUCGUAUGAAGAAGUCAAAUUCCUUUAGUUUGGCUAGCAGCUGAAAGUUUAUGGGGUCAGAAGCACAACUGAAAGAGUGGUGUGAUCUAGUACUCUGAGCACACAGGACUCUGCAUACUCUCACUCCAGCUCUGCCACCGACUCUGUAGCCUUGGGCUGUUCGGCUCAGUGCCCCCUCCACGCAAAGGGGGAAAUAACAAUACGUACCUACCUCACAGGGGUGUUGUGAGAAUCCACGUUGGUAAAGCUUGUUGAAGUGCUAAGUCUGCCAUCGGUAGUCCCGAAGCGUGUGGUGGGGGUGAGCAGCGCUGGCCUUUUGCUGGCUACAGUCUGAACCACUCAGCGGGAGUCCUGUCAGCCCACUCCUGCUUGGAGAUCCUCCUUGAUCUGAAGCAGAGGCUGUCAUCCAAGUGCCCUCUCCUCCGUUGCAUGACAUUUUAAGCGGCUGUGAGGUGCAGGGUAGUGACAGACCUGAAGUCCUACUUGACCAGGGAUUUGCUACAAUGUUUUCUAUAUCUGUGGGGUUUGUUGGUUUGGUUUUUCCAUAUAUUGUGCUUAGAAAUAAACUUUCCACUUAGG